AUGGCCUCUUCGCCGCCGUCGUCGCAGCCGCGGGUGUGCGUCACCGGAGCCGGCGGGUACAUCGCCUCCUGGCUCGUAAAGCUGCUCCUCGCCCGCGGCUACGCCGUGCACGCCACCGUCCGCGACCCAUGUACGUGCCAUGCACGCCUGCGCGCUCUCUUUGCUGCUCUCGGCACCUUGUUUAGUUUUGUGUUCUUCAAAUCAAACAUGAAAAAUGGUGAUAUCUGGGAUGAACAAAGCUGGAGUACGUACCUGCCACAAGCUAAUUCUGCGUCGCCAUUUCAGCUACCACAAGGUGAUCCAAAGAAUGCACGUCUCAAACAACUAGACAAGGCCCUGGAAAAUCUCCGUUUGUUCAAGGCAGACAUGCUUGACUACGACGCAGUGGCAACUGCGUUUGUCGGGUGCGAUGGUGUCUUCCAUCUUGCCUCUCCAGUGCCCAUAGACAAGAUGGUUGAUAAAGAGAAAGAGAUGAUGGCUCCUACUGUUAAUGGCACCAUGAAUGUACUUGAGGCUUGCUCUGCUAUGAGCGUUCAAAAACUUAUUGUGGUUUCAUCCGGCGCUGCUAUUACUUUGAACCCAAAUUGGCCUCUAGAUAAACUGAAAGAUGAGAAUUGUUGGUCAGACAAAGAGUUCUGCAAGGAAAAUGAGAUCUGGUAUGCCCUUGCCAAGACGGAAGCUGAAGAGAUGGCCCUCGAAUACGCAAAGAAAAAUGGAUUACAUGUCAUUACAUUUUGCUCCGGUGCGGUCUUUGGCCCACUGUUGCAGGCUGAUGUGCUCAAUAUUACCACCAAAUUCCUCCGCUAUAUCAUAAAAGGAGGUCCUGACACAAUAAAUAACAAAUUCUGGCCCAUAGUAGACGUCCGUGAUGUUGCUGAUGCACUACUGCUGUUAUACAACAAGGCAGGACCAUAUCAGAGGUACAUAUGUUCAGAACACCAAAUCGACAUAAAAGAUUUGGUGGAUUUGAUGAAGAGCAUGUACCCCAGCUAUAACUAUGUAGACAAACUGGUUGAUGUGAAUUAUAAGCUUGGGAUGAAUUCACAUAAACUUAAGAAUCUAGGAUGGAAACCGAGGAAGUUGGAGGAGACACUUGCAGAUAGCGUCGAGUCAUAUGAGAAAUCAGGAAUCCUUAAUGCGGAGGAGGAACCUUGUCGUGUUCCGUAUUUCUACCGUAUGCCACCUGUCCUGGAGUGA